AUGCCGACCAUCGCAUCCACAUCUGCAGCUCCGCCGCCGCCCCUGCUUUCCGCCGCCCCUCCCGGCCCCGGCCUUAGGCGGUCCGCAAAUGGAAACGGAAACGGAAACGGAAAUGGCCAUGGGACAAACGGUGGUCCGCAUCGACGACGAUCAAAUAUUGGAACCGCCGGUGAGCCGUCGCCCGAGAAUGGUAACGGUUUCGACCACCACAGGCGCCGCUACUCCUCGUCGGAUCCCGAUACUUUUGACAUCAGGAGCUUAGGGCCCGACUUUCCUCCCGAAACCUUCGACAAGCCGAUACGACAACAAGUCCUCAACUGGCAGUCGAUACCCCUGGUACUUGCUCUCCUUCCGGCCAUCGCUGGUCUACUAUUCAAGAACGGGAGUGAUUUUGUCACAGAUGCCCUGCUACUUGCCCUGGCUGCCGUGAUCCUUCACGCUGCCAUCACGAAACCAUGGACAUGGUAUCAACUAGCUCAGGAGAUUAGACUGGUCGACCAGGUCCCAGACGUCGUGCAUGACUCUUCAGACCAAGAUGAUGAAAUAUCAUGUGAAGAUAGAGAAUCCAUGGACGACGACGAGUAUUCAUUCAAACCUCGCACUCGCGCCCGUCUAGGAAAGAGGAAAAAGACUUCCCCGGAUGCACGCAAGCUCACCGAACGCCAAAAGCGGGCGAUGGCCGAACUCCGCCUUCAUGAGACUUUUGCGUUGGUGUCUUGCUUUGCAUUUCCUGUCCUUGGAGCAAUUUUGUUGCAUGUGAUCAGGAGCCAGCUCAGCAGGCCAUCUGAGGGUCUGGUUUCGGACUACAACCUAGCCAUCUUCAUACUGGCUGCCGAAAUCCGACCAGUCAGGCAUUUGCUCCAUCUGUUCGAGUCGCGUACCUGGCAUAUGCAGCGCAUCGUGGCGUCAAACCCUUUCCUCGAAUCGGAGCCCCAGUCUAUCGCCCUGCAGCUUGAUCACCUCUCGGAGCGUAUUGAUCAGCUCGAGGCACGCGCCACGGCAGAUGAUACAGAUGCCGUUUCCGAGGCUACCUCUCAGCGCAGGGAGGCGAUCCUGCGAGACGCCAAGACUCAAAUACAACCAGAAGUAAAGGCUCUGUAUCGCACAGUCAGGCAGUUCGAGAAGAAAUAUAUUGUCCUCGCUGUGCAAGUAGACAACAGACUUCACUUGCUGGAUAGGCGCAUUGAGGACGCCAUCACGGUUGCAGCACACGCAGCCAAAUCUUGUCGUCCACGUCCGAGCCUCCUGCGCACUACUAGCGAGCAGACCCUGGGACUAUUAUUCUUACCGGUUCAUAUAACAAAAUCUCUUUUGUCCCUUCCGUUCCGCCUUCUUGGCACCGCGGUCGGGUUGUUCUUCAGGGAGCCGCGGAAAUCUAACCGGGGCUACCGCAGCGGUCGAUCUUCACGGUCUUCUAGUGCGUGUGGUGACAGAUCAUCAAGAGCUUCGUCUCGUCGCUAAUAAUGACGGGAUUUUUACGGCGCGUCACAAAAACAAAAACAAAACAAAAAGUUAUGAGCAUGGAGGGCAAAAGCAUAAAGCUGAGCUUCUGCACGCACAAAUUGGAGACAUAAUUUGUCAUCUCACUGGACGAUUCACGAAAAUCACGAUUGCAUGCUGGUGUACGGUACAGCAUUGUGCUUCCAGUCACGAAAACGCUUAGAGCCUGCACCCCCUUGUGUUCGUUCGAUUAGUGCAUUACUUUGGAUUUUCAGAUUUUAAUAUUCACUCAUGUCAGCAUCACGAAUGUGGGAUUAUUGGUUCAGGGCAGCGUUUUCGGUAUUUUUUUAGUUGCUUUGAGCAAUGAAUGAGAGAGAGAGGGGGGGAAAAUGGCACAUUCAGGUGUCGGGUUUGGUUGGAGGAUUUGAGGACGAUUGGCUCUAUGUUAGAACUAGACCUAAGUCUAGUCCGGACCCUUCUUUUAAAGACGGUACAUUAGUCCGUUUCAACGGAGUAAGCAAAAAUGAAAACAAUCAUGU